AAAAUUUCGGAGAAUAAUAAGAAAAUAUUGAAGAAGCAAAUAUGAAGGAAACAAACCAACAAACAAAAAAAAUGAAAGAUACUGAGAAAAUGCAUCAGUCAGAAGAUGACUUUGAGUCCUUGAUGACACCAUCAGAACGUAUUAAGGAAAUCAAGUCUAAUGAGAAAUCGAUUGAAUUGGUCGUUACGGUAUCAUGCAUUGAUGGAUACAAGCUGAUCCACUCACACAAGAAGAAUAAAGAUAUUGGGCGUUAUCAAUUUAAAAUGCAUGCUAAAGAUCAUUCAACUACUGUCCAGUUUCUGGCUUGGGAGAAUGAUGCUAAACGUCUUAGCAGUGUACAGCUAUCACCAGGAGAUAUUAUUCAUAUUGAUUCACUGACUGCUAAACCUAUUGAAACCAAUUUCAAUAAAGGAACCGUGCCGAUUCAAUUACUUGGCAAUUCAGCCACAACAAUAACAAUUUUAAAAGAAAAAGGAAGUGAUGGAAGAUGCGGUGACAUGGAAGCAGAAAUCCCAUUCGUGAAAAAAUUCGAUGCAAUUCCACAGCACACUGGAAUUAUCAGUUCAAACGAGACUCCGCCUCCACGUUGACACAAAUUUUCAAAAAGGCCAACAUGUUCAAGUAUUGGGAGUUCUCAGAAGAAAUGCUAAACCAGUUUAUUUGGCUGUUAACAGCAUUAAUGACAUCACCGUUGCAAGCGAUGAAGUCAUGGAUUUCAGUCAACUAAUUGGCUGCUGGAGGUACGUUGUGGUGCAGAAUUCAACAAAAAAA